AUGGCACAUGUCGAACUCACCGGAUUGCAGUCCUCCAUCAAACUGAGCAGCGGCCAUUCCAUCCCCCGACUUGGCUUGGGCGUGUACCAAUCCGAGGAAGGCCAAGAAGCUGAGAACGCCGUCCUUUAUGCUUUACAGGCAGGGUACCGCCAUAUCGACACUGCGACCAGUUAUGACAACGAGACGAGUGUCGGCAACGCCAUCCGCAAGAGUGGUAUUCCGCGCAAUGACAUUUUUGUGACGACAAAGUUGACAGAGGACGAUCAGGGAUACGAAUCAACUCUUGCCGCUUGCAAUUUGUCCCUCAAGAAACUGGGUCUUGAGUACAUUGAUCUGUACUUGAUCCAUUCGCCGUUGUGUGGCUCGGAGCUGCGACAGGAGUCCUGGAAGGCGAUGGAGAAACUUUACGCUGAAGGCAAAGUCAAGAGCAUUGGUGUGUCAAACUACGGCGUGCACCAUCUCAAGGAACUCCUGGAAGACUCUGGCGCUACUAUCCGCCCAGCAGUGAACCAAAUCGAAGUGCACCCCUGGCUGACCAGAACCGACAUUGUCUCAUUCUGCAACGCGAACAACAUUGCAGUCGAAUCCUACUCGCCCCUGGUCCAGGGCCACAAACUUCAAGACCCGACUCUGGUCAAGAUUGCGUCUGCGCAUUCCAAGACGCCCGCCCAGGUCUUGAUCCGUUGGAACUUGCAGAGGGGCAACAUUGUGAUCCCCAAGAGUAGCAAGAAGCAGAGGAUUGUCGAGAAUGCGGAUGUGUUUGGGUUUGAGCUUUCGGAGGAUGAGGUUAAGAAGCUUGCUGCCUUGAACGAAAACUAUGUCACUGGCAAGUCUUAUGUACGUGUUUCUCUCAACAUAGAAUGGGAUCCUACGGUCGCACCCUAG